GCAGUAUUUACUUACCUACAGUAUUUUACCAUGGGUUUUAGUUAAAUAAUUCAGUUUGACAAUUCUUGAGAAAAGCAUUUUGAUUUAAAUAAUAUUCUUAUCCUAAACUUUUCAUGUAAGGCAGAUCCUCAGAGGAGGUAUCAGAUAUCAGAUGCUGUUGGGGGUGUAACGUACGCAGAAUGUAGCGCUACAUUCUCCCCAAAAAGGUGGAAGACAAAAGCAAGUGUCCAAAGGCAGCUUCUUCAUAGCCCCAGUCCAUAGGGCCUACCUACUCUGUCUUAGCAUUUGCCUCUGUUGAGCAAAAUGAAGGUAGAUUUCAAGUUCACAUUUCUAAAUAAAUUAAUGAAUUCAUCUGAAUCAAGAUCAAUAAUAUUUGAAGCAGUGUGCUGGUGGUAUGACACCUGUUUUAAUUAUCCACCCUAAAAGCUAGAAAUUUCUGAAAACUUAGAUCAGUGAGUGCCAGUGGUGUGUGUGAGUGUGUCUUCAAUAUUGUUGAAAUGUGUGUAAUUGAAUUGUCAAAGUUUUGUAUUGUUGGAUGUUGCAGCUGACACUCAUGCUUUUUCCAGGCUUGAAAACAAUUCAAAAUCUUGAUCAAUAGCUUUGGUUAUACUUUCAGCCCCAAUAGGAAGGAUAAACCUUUCAACUUACUGAUACUGUCACAAAUCUUCAGGUACCUUCAGCCAUGUCAUUUGCGGCCGCCUGUGCUCUGUACGAGCUGCGCACAUACAGUCUCCAUCUGGAUCGGAUGGCAGCGUUUCUGCGCGACACGGAGCGUCUGUUUCACCUGCGCACGCAGCAGUCGCCCGUGCUGGGGUACUGGACGUCGGAGCUGGGCGGCCUUCAUCAGGUGGUCCACCUGUGGCCCUACGAGAGCCUGUCCCACCGCGCGUCGGUGCGAGCCGCGUUGGCCUCGGACACGACGUGGCUGCAGGAGUACGUGGGCCCCGUGCUGAACCCGGCCGUCCUCGGCCAGGAGAACCUCCUGCUGCGACCGCUAGAGACCACCUCCGUCACUGCUCCCACCGGACCAGGUGUCACGGAGCUGCUGCAGCUCUCUCUGACCGGCCCCGAGUCGGACUGGUCGCCGCCUCUGCUGCAGGUGGCCGCCGAGGUCGGAGAGGCCGCACCCGACCACACACUGGUCGGCUGUUUCCGCUCGGUGAUCGGUCCGGCCAACAGCGCCGUGCUGCUGACGCACUACCCGAGCCAGGAGGCGCUGCUGAAGGCCGCCGAGGGCCGCCGACUCAAUACCGCCUAUGUGGACCUCCUGCGGCACGUGCGGACCGCUCACAGUAAGCUGUUGCUGCCACACAAGGUGUCAUUGAUUCAGUAGUGCCGCCUGGCAUUGUCAGUCACUCGCCAGGGGUCGCUUUACCUACCGUCGAGGAGCGGGGCUGGGGGACCGGAGCUGUUUACUAGGGACUGGAGCCGCGCACGCGAAUGACAGCGCUCGCCUGGGGGAUCCAUUGUUGUUUAUCGGUGGGUCACGGCCAUGUAGGUCACAAUGAUAAUGCGAUACGGAAUGUGAUAUUUUAAUCAUGACUAUUUUGUACGCCCACGCAUGUUUUGGGUCGCUGUAGCUGUUAGACGGGAGGAUGGAUACGUUUCCUGCAUGUGCAUUUCUUUUUGUAAGGGGGCUAGAGGGCUGUGUGGAGACGGGACUGUGAUGUUUGCUUACUGCCGGGGACGUGGAAACGCUAUUUUUAUAUGAGCGGGUUUAUAAUCUCGACACUGUUUUAUUAGAGCAGCUCAGAGCGUGGUAACGCAUUGUCCUAGUGUUCGCACCAAUGCGAAACGGUAAAUGCUGUUUGACAACAGUUUUUGAUACCAUUCCAUGACAUGAUGCGUGUGAUAUUUCUAACUAUUCCACCGUAAUGUGCAUUCCGUUUGCUGCAUCUAUUACAGAAUACGCGAUAUGUCUUGUUCAAAUGUGCAAUAUCGGCGCAACUUAUUGGCUGAAGACUUCGUGCGAGGUCUUUCACGGAGUGCCAACUAGUUGGUGGGCUGCUGCUUUGAGCGCAUGCUGUUCCUGGCAAAUAAACAUGGGCUCAAGUAAUAACUC